CUGGCAAUGAAUGGUUAUUGUGAUCGAAUAAAUAAACAAAUAUUUCUCUUUUCAGUGAUACUUUCAAGUUUCACAGUAGUUUUAUACAUAGAAUCUCAGACGAAUAAAAGCAAUUAUAUAUGAAAAGUAACUAGUUACAGAAACAUCCCAAACAAUGAUUGAAAUAACAUGCAAUGACCGAUUGGGCAAAAAGGUCCGAGUAAAAUGUAAUCCAGACGAUACCGUAGGUGACCUGAAAAAGUUGAUUGCUGCACAAACAGGAACUAAAUGGGACAAAAUCGUUUUGAAAAAAUGGUACACUACAUUCAAGGACCACAUACAACUUCAAGACUAUGAAAUCCAUGAUGGUAUGAACAUUGAGCUGUAUUACCAAUAAACUAGGUUAAGUAUACUUUGAUCAAUUUUUGUUUAUCAAUAAAAUAAUAUAUCAUUUAAAUCUU